AUGAAGUUUGCAAAGGAGCUCGAACAGGAACUGGUGCCAGAAUGGCGCGCCAAAUACCUGAAUUACAAGCUUGGUAAGAAAAAGAUCAAAGCCAUCGCUCGUGCUCUACGCGCCAUCGAACAGGCACCACGUACGCCCGGCCGUCGAGGCUUUCUGUCAGGACAUGAUGGUACACCUCGCAUCGGACGCCCUGCUCUUCCCCAGUUUGGCCCGUAUCGCGGAUCAAGGUCGAAGGACCGUUUUGGUAGGCAAUCCAGUUAUGAGGAGACCGACAUACUCGCUGGUCCCGCCAAUCCUUAUUCGCAGGACACGCCGUUUCCCGAGAGACGACCGCUGAAAAGUCCUUCGCGCUUCGCAGACUGUGCCGGAGGUUAUGGCAGCAUCGUGACGCCGCAAUCCAACGCUACCCGUUCCACCGGCCUUCCGUCGUUGGAGCUUCCAGAUCCAGCUCUAGAUCCCAAUGAGGCCAACUUCCCUCCCUGUACCCGAAUGGUGAGUGCGAAUUCUCUAGAUUCUAGGGCAAAUCCUACUCCUGGAAGAGGUCGAGGCCGGUGGAACCUUCAGUCAAGCAUACUUCCCGGAUCUAGAAAUGUAUUUCGACCUAGAGGUGGCUCUGUUCCUCCGGGACGUCUUACACGCAGGAGGUCCUUUUUGCAGCGUAUGUUUACGUCGCGAGUUGAGCAUGAAUCUCCAUCCGCGAACCCACCCGCUGAGGCGUUUCUCGAACUGAGGAAUCGAGAAACUGAAUUUUUCGAUUUCUUGGACAAAGAGCUGGUCAAAAUUGAAUCUUUUUACAGGCUAAAAGAGGAGGAAGCCACUGAGAGGCUCAGGAUACUCAAAGAACAGCUUCAUGUAAUGCGCGAUAUGAGACUUGAGGAACUCCGGGCCAAAGCCCGAUUAAAACACCAGGGAGGUCCAAGCUCUGAUAUGCGUCACGACACGGAUCCUGCGGCGAAAUGGACGAGGCCACUAAGUAAAUCCCUAAAUGGUUUGUCGAAAUACGACAAAAUCUCAAAGGAGCUGGCGGAGCUACCUACUCCUGGAUCCACCUUGCAUCGAACCCGCAAUACCGAAAACUAUCGGGACUUUGUGCGCAGACAAGAAAAUGAUGUCCCAUACCGGUCCGCCAAGAGAAAGCUCAAAACUGCUUUGCUGGAGUUUUAUCGCGGAUUAGAAUUGCUCAAAGCAUAUGCGUAUCUAAAUCGAAAAGCUUUCAGAAAAAUGAACAAAAAAUACGACAAGGCCACAAAUGUCCGGCCAACGGGGAGAUACAUGUCCGAAAAAGUCAACAAUGCUUGGUUCGUUCAGAGUGACCUGGUUGAGAGCCACCUAGUAGCGGUUGAAGACUUGUAUACUCGAUAUUUCGAGCGUGGUAAUCGGAAAGUAGCCGUCACCAAGCUUCGCGGCAAGGCUGCUCGGUCGCUAGACUAUUCUCCAAACUCUUUUCGUAAUGGACUCUUGUUCGCUGCCGGCCUUGUUUUUGGGAUCCAAGGGCUGGUUCAUGCUGUUGGACAUCUAUUUAAUCAGAAUGACGACGAUGAUUAUGAUUUUGACGACCUGCAUGUUCAAACUAGUUAUUUACUCCAGAUUUAUGGUGGAUAUACUCUCAUUCUAUUGCAUUUUAUAUUCUUUUGCCUGAAUUGCAGGGUCUGGACACGUUCGAAAAUAAACUAUGUUUUCGUUUUUGAAUACGAUACCCGGCAUGUUCUGGACUGGCGUCAACUCGCGGAGAUACCUUGCUUUCUAGUAUUUUUAUUGGGUUUGGUUAUUUGGUUAAAUUUCCGAUGGGUUAAUGAAAUUGGCGGUUGUUGCUCGCAGGGUUGUACCCUGUGGAGUUUCGAGAUUUCUUCCUGGGAGAUAUGUAUUGCUCUCAAACAUAUGCCAUGGGCCUGCUCUAUUUUAUACUACAUGACCCUCAGCUUAUACCGGAUUAACAAGAUUGAGAGCCUGCGCGCUACGUUUAUAGUAUUCGCACUCGUGAAUGCGAUUUACUCGUCCAUUUGGGAUGUAGCCAUGGAUUGGAGUCUUGGAAAUCCGUUUUCAAGAAACCCAUUUCUGCGAGACUCUCUCGGAUUUCGAAAACGAUGGGUAUACUAUAUGGCAAUGAUCAUCGACCCGAUCCUUCGAUUUAACUGGAUCUUUUACGCCAUUUUCACGCACGACGUUCAACAUUCUGCGAUCCUAAGCUUCCUCGUGUCUCUCUCCGAAGUCUGUCGAAGAGGAAUAUGGUCCAUCUUUCGUGUCGAAAACGAACAUUGCACCAACGUCUCCCGGUUCAGAGCAUCCCGGGAUGUACCGCUACCAUACGAUCUACCCAGCGACACUUUCGACCAACAUUCUCGACCCUUUGAGUCCACAACGAUCCAACAAGCGGCCGCUGGAGUCCCCAUCGCCCACUUGCCGCCCGCGACCCCAGCCACAGGUGUCGACGUAGAGCGUCUCGCUGCAGACAACACCACACCCUCCGGGAUGCGCCACCGCCAUGGUACCCAACCGUCAGAGACACCGGGUGGAACUCUGGCGCGUGUGGGCACCAUGCUGGCAAACGCCCACGCAGAAGAUUUUGAGCGGAGAAAACGUCCCGGGGUCGUUGGUAGCACGCAUGAUCAUGAUAAGAACCAGGCUCAUUCCCAUGGGCACCAUGAUCGUGACCAUGGUCACGGUGUGCAUCGGAGGGAUAGCAGCACAGACGACGAAGAGGAGGAGGAGGAAGAUGAUGACGAUGAUGAUGAUGAUGAGGGUGUGGUUGAGAGUGAAAGUGAGGAGAAUGGGAGUAAUGAGCUAGACGACCCGCGUAUAAUUGAAGGUGUGGAUGGUAGGUUCAAGAACUGA